CACCUCUUUCUCUUAAUCGUGUGGAGGAGCUUUCCAAGCAUGGGCGACCAACAUCUGAUUCAGAGUCGGCAAGCGAACGACAGUCUGGGGUUUUCGUGUAGGUGAAUCGAAUUCAUCCAUCUGCUUGUCUUCCCUAGCUUGCCUUUUGCUUCGUAAUGUCCGCUGCCGGCCGUCCCCGCGAGCGGCCUGGGCCAGACGACGAUGUCAUUUGCUUGGACAUGACUGACGAGGAGGAGGAGAGCGAGAGCAGCGCACGACAGGAACAUGCCCUUCCAGGCCGUCAUGCCACACCCCCGCAGCAGCAGCAAUUGCAGCAGCGCCGGGAGCAGCGAGAGGAUGGAAGUGGGGAUGGCACUGGUGGUGGCGGUGAAGAUGACGGCUCUCCUAGUGCGCUCGAGGAGCAGCAGCUGCUGACGUCGAGGCUGCCAGGAGUGUCCCACAACGUGGAGGUGAGGGGCUGGGGAAGGGAGGAAAAGGUGGGUGGGUUGGUUGACACACGUGUGUCUGGCUGGGGCUUCAGGCUAUUCGUGACGUGCGGCAUCGCAAUGGCCGAUGGGAGUUCCUCGUCAAGUUCACGGUCAGUCAGCUACACGCGCACACACUCUCCCGCACUUUGUCACGGUCGGUAUUACUGGUCCAUUGGCUCUUGCAGGGUCUGCCCGAGAGCUCCAACACGUGGACGCGUGAGACCUGCCUGACGGCUGCGUGCGAUAGGUAAGCACCACACACACACUCGCGCACGCACACGAGGUAUCCUUGGAUCAAUCAGGUAUUUGCUUGACGAGUGGAAGGCCCUGUUCUACGAGCGUGAGAAGGACCAGGAGAAGCGGCGGCACAUCCCCCACCACGACCCCUCCUCCCCCGACCCCUCACCCAUCAUCCGCAAGUCACGCAAGCGCCGCAUCGUCCAGGACUCAGACACUGAGGAUGAGGGGCAGAUGCCUGUGGCAGCACCAGCAGCAGCAGCCGCUGCGGCUGGUGGUGGUGGUAGGGCUGGCCAUCGAGGACGGUCAUAUGUGAGGGGCGGCGAGGACACGAGCGACGAUGAUCGCCCGAUAUUCGGACAGACGAGGGGGACGCCGCUGGCCACGGGCAAGAAGAGCAGCAGACCCAGGACGCGCACGUCGACGGCGGCCGCCAAGAAAAGGAGCGGGGCAGGCAAGUCGGCCCCCCCUCCCGCUCCCGCUGCCGCUGCGGCGGUGGCGGCUGCCCCCGUGCGUGGCCGAGAUGGCGCCUCCCCUCCCCUCCUAAUCCCCCUCCACAAGUUCAUCCGCCCCCGCCCCGUUGUGCCAGAGAACCGUCUGCCCGGCCGCGCUGACAAAGGCAGAGACAAGAAGAAACGGCCUGCCAAACAACAGCAACAGCAUCAGGAGGGCCAGCAGCAGGAAGAGGCCGACCGUGCGAUGAUGGACAUAGUGGCCGCAGAGCGGAGGGAUCGUUAUCAGCAGAGGAAGCUGCGCAAGAUGAGGGCGAUGGGUGAGGGGGACGGUGCUGACGGUGAGGGUGGGGGUCGCCGCCAGCCACAGAGAAGGGCCAAGAGCAGCAGGGCCGGCAUUUCAUAUGUCGACGACUUCGACAUCAGGAACCUCUUCGAAGGCAACGAGAUGGGCGGCCGAGGGCCGCUACGGUCACCACCACCACCACCACCACUACCCUGUUCAGGUGACGAUGCACCACCCCACCCCGUGCCGGCAGCAGUUGCAGAGAUCGUCUAUCCGCCCCCUCCCCCACCCCCGCCCCCAUACCAUGAGGAUGACGACGACGAGCCCCCUCCUCGCCCUUUCGCUGGACCUCCCGGGUUCCAUCCGCCGGUCAGUCAGGGAAAGGGGAGAGGGGAAAGCCUUGAGUGGUGCACUGAUUCUCUGGUGCAUUCUGAUUGAUGGUGUGAUUGUUUCGCCUCUUGCUUGCAGACUGGGGAUAAUGGAGCUGGGAGAUACGGCCGUCCACGGAGGGGGGAGCUGAGAGCACUGCCUCACCUGUUUGGCGGCCAUCGACUCCCGCCAUGGCGAGGACAGCAGGCUGCGGCUGGGGCGCCCGCAGCAGCUGCUGCCGCUGAGCCGAUGAUGCCUCAGAGCGACCUUCGUGGGCGAGGGGACAUGCAGAUGAUGCAGUUGGAUGCUCGAGGAAUGCGGCCGCUUGCGGACCACUUCGUCGACCCGCCGCCGGCCAAUCUGCCGCAUCGGCACUCCCCAGUAUCGCCACCCUCCCCAUCGGCAGCAGCUGCUGCUGCACCUUCACCCCAAUCACCGCCACAGCCUCUGUUGGAGCUAGCAGCAGUCGAGUCAUCGGUGGCAGCUGCUGCCUCGCCUCCCCUCCAGCAGCACAGGGGAAUGCGCGUCGACAUGAUGCCUCCCUCACUCCAGCCACCACCUCUGAGUCGGAGGGGACCAGCAGCAAUCCAUGCACCAGCGGCAGGUGUUGCUGCUGCCCCCCUGCUGCGCUCACCUAACACCCAGAGCCCCCCGAACUUCCCCUACCCACCGCCAGCAGCUGCUGCAGCUGCUGCUGCUGCAGCAGAAGGUGGCCGGCCGUCGCGUGGGGACGUAGCUGCGGGGAACGGUGUGGAGGAGUAUCUCUUUGGCGAGGGGGAUCGCGUGAGGUCGCUGGAGAGGAAUGGGGUCUUCCAGCACUACCGUCAGCACAUCAGGGUGAUGCCGGUCACCAUUGAGGGGCAGCCGGCACAUAGGAGGUGCAUCUGCAGGGCAAUACAGGUACCUGGGGGGGUGCUGACUUUGCACUGCACAGGGAGGGAGGGAGGGAGGGAAAGAUGAUAGGCUACGAUUGUUGUUUGUCCGUCGGCCUUUUGCGUGUGCAGGGUUGCGACGCCAAUGAACCCAAGGUGACGCAGAAGGCGUGCUCGCGGGCCCUCAGAGAGAUCGACAUGAAGGUGAGAGAGAGAGCGAGAGAGAGCACAGCAAUCGCAUCGCUCACCCUGUGUGUCGGUGCUGCCUUCCUUCCAAUUUGCUCGUCUCGUCCCGCGUCCCCCCCGUGCACUGCAGGUGGCCUGCAAAUUCUGCGGGCAGGAGUGUGACGCCGACUGCUACUUCUGCUGGAUAGCCAUGUGCCCGAAGCUCAAGCAGUGGAUCAAAGAGGGGCAGGACAGCUUCGUCUGUGUGUCCUGCCGCGUCAUGAUGGCUGUGAGUGAGCAGGGAGGCGGGCGGGGGUGGGGGAGGCAGCAGGGAAUAAUGAGUGGGAACACACACACACACACACACACGCGCUCAUGGAUACCUCUGUGUGUGUGUGUGUGUGAUUGUGAUGUUCAGGAUGUGUUCAACAUGCCUGAGGGGAUCUUGGCUGUCAAGGUCUAUCGCAAUCUGGCCGAGGGCACCAAGGACCACAUCGACGACCACAUCAACUUCACCCUGCCACCAGGUAGGUACCACACACACCCACACGCACCCACGGGCAGUGCAUAUCACAAAGCAAGCGUCCCUGUGUGAGUGUCUGUCUGCAGACAUGGCCGGCCGUGCCCUUCGUCUGUAUGGCUUCACCUUCUUCGACCCCCCGCCAAGGGACAAGACCUACGGAGUGGUUAACUUCCAGCCGCACGUCAAGUGGCCGGCCAACGGCGUCAAGCUCUCGGUAGCACAACACACACAUCAUCCACUCAAUACACCACACCACAUCCAUACAUCACCCCUCGGUGUGUGUGUGUGUGUGUGCCCGUCAGGUCGGCAGGAGCGGUGAUGUUCCGCUCAGGGGCCCCUGGUCGUGCGUGAUACCCAAGCCGGACAGCAACAGCAACACCGCGGCGCAGUACGGCCCCCGGAGGCCUGACAAGCCCAUCCGUGUGGGGGGAGUCGACCUGCGGGCUGGCGGCAAGUACUGCCUCCGUGUUGAGGACCACAUAGAGCGGGUCAGUCAGUGUUUCCACAUCACCAUCACACACACAGACGCCAUUCAUUGCGCCCCUGCAUUCGUUCGUGUGUUUGCCUAUGUGUGUGUGUGUGUGUGUGUGUGUCAGGACGGUCCGAAUGCGCUCAUCCGGACCCCCUUCAUGGUGGUGGUGGCCGUCACGCGACCAGGCACAGCGGCGAGCAUCGUCGACAUGAUCACACGUCACUCCCAUAUUGGCAGAAACACGUGCAGACAGAAGGUAGGUGAGGAGGGCGAGGAGACACAGACAAGCGUGAAGGUCCAUAUAUGUGUGUGUGGUAUGUGGCCGUCUUGUUUGUGCAGUUGUUGUCGAUGCUGCGGACGGCUGAUGCGGCGGCCCACCAGGUGGACGAUGACAUCGAGGUGGCUGGAGAGGCACAGACGCUGAGCCGGCGGGACCCCGUCACCAUGGAUGACAUCAAGGUCCCCGUCAGGGGGCGGGACUGCAAGUCAGUGAGCAUACCAUAUCAUCCAUCCAUCCAUCUAUGCAUCCGUCUUUCACUCACUGUGUGUGGUCACUGUGUGUCAUCCAUUUAGGCACCUCGAGUGCAUCGAUUUGCAGCCGUUCGUCGACAUGGCCAAGAAUAACGACAGCAGGUGGAUUAAUGACGCCACACACAGCAGACACAGCAGACCAGGAGGAUCCAGAAUGUCAUCCCUCCUGCCGCAUGUGUGUCUGAUGUAUGGGUGCGCGUGUGUGUGUUUCAGCGGCUUCAAGGGUCGCUGGAAGUGCCCCCAGCAGGGCUGCAAUGCGUCCCUCUACCCCUGGGACAUCUACAUCGACGACUUCGUCAGCCACCUCCUAAACCACAAACACAGAAAGGCGGACGAGGCAACAAACAAAGAUACCCACACCCACACCUUACCCCUCUCAGCAGUCAGUUUUUUGUCAUGUGUGUGCUGUCUGUCCAGGUGGUCUUCCGGCUCGUCUUCCGGCUCGUGGACAACGAGCUCGUCAUCACGCCUUCAGGCCAAGGCGACGCACGGCCAUCUGCCCCUCUACCACCACCACCACCAGCUGCAGCUGCCGCCUUCCCGCCACCGCCUCUAUCGCAGAUGCCCCAAUCAUCGAUGAUGGCCGCUGCAGACCCCUACCCACCAGCACCAGCGCCACCACCAGCAGCGGCUGCAGCAGCGGGAGGCGUGUCGAGACGUCAGAGCAUGGGACAGCAGGAGGGUCUCGGGGAUGAUGAGGUCAUCUGUGUGGAUCUCGACGACGACUGACUCAGAGAAGAAGGGAUGGGGGCGAGGGGGGUGAUGGUCAGAGGAUGCAGCAAUGUGAAUGGGCAGCAUGGCCACAUGACCCUUUUUGCACCGUGUGAUGUGUGCUGUUGGGUGGCCGGGAUGUGCACUCGUGAAUGAGCGGAUGGAUGUGUGUAAGCCUUUCGCUCGCUAGAUGACCCUUCUUGCUUGGUCGCCCCUUGGCUGGCCCAAUGUGCUGUCUGUCUGUCUGUCUGCCUCUCUGCCUGGAUUUGAUACACACUCGCUGUGAAGAGUAUGACUUGACGGAUGGAUGCACUGAGUCAUACAUAGAUUUAUCACCUGACUGACGCCACAAAUCACUCCC